GACGGGACUUUGGGAGGGUUUCUGGGAGUCGAGAGCCCCAGCCAAAGCAGUGUCCCCUUCUCUGCGUCUUUCUUCACCUUCUUCUUGCUUCCUCGGCUCUGGGCGUCGGGCACCGGGCUGGAAGGGCGCUUCUUCGCCCGCAGAGCUCGCCCACACCGGGGCGGGAGGACAGGGCCCGGGGCAGCCGAGUAAGGCAGCGGGGGAGGCGCGGAGCUCCGUGGCCGCCUGUGCGGCGAGGGCGGGAGGCCGACCGGGGCUGCGGGGCUGCGCCCCGGGCUCACGGUGCCGCGCUCGGCUCCCCGGUGGUCCCCGGCGCCCUGUUCUGGGGGCGUCUGUCGGUUGCGCCCCAUCGGUCGCGCCUUUGACGGGGCGCCGGGGCCAACCCCUGAACUCUGCAUUCCUGGGUGCCGUGUCGCUAGUUGUGCGCGCGCCGGGGCCGGGCAGCCAGUCUGCGGGAAGGGACCCGAGCGCGGCGUCUGCCCCACGGUCCCUGAAGUGUCUGGUCCGGGAGCCGGAGAUUGAGCUGGGGCUCGGCGGCGCCAGAAGGGGGCCUCGGUGGGAUGCGAGUGGGGGGCGCGGCCUGCAGAAUUUGGGUUCCUGGAGGUGCUUGUGGCGUGCAGGCCCGGCCCCGGGCAGAGGAGACCACCAGCCUGUCCUCGAGGAGGGCCAGGAACUGUCAGCUAUGAAACCUACAUAGUGGAACACCAUGCUGCUUCUCCUGUAGGGCGUGUGAUGAGGAGCGGAGUUUGGCUUUGGAGUGCUCGGAACCAGAGGAAUCACCGAGGACUCGGAGCCCAGCCCUGACCACUAGAGAGCCCACAACACAAUGAACAAAUUGAACUUCCAUAACAACAGAGUCAUGCAAGACCGCCGGAGUGUGUGUAUUUUCCUUCCCAACGAUGAAUCUCUGAACAUCAUCAUAAAUGUUAAAAUUCUGUGUCACCAGUUGCUGGUCCAGGUGUGUGACCUACUCAGGCUAAAGGACUGUCACCUGUUUGGACUCAGUGUCAUACAAAAUAAUGAACAUGUCUAUAUGGAGUUGUCACAAAAGCUGUAUAAAUAUUGUCCAAAAGAAUGGAAGAAGGAGGCCAGCAAGGUACGACAAUACGAAGUCACUUGGGGUAUUGACCAAUUUGGACCUCCUAUGAUCAUUCACUUCCGCGUGCAGUACUAUGUGGAAAAUGGCAGAUUGAUCAGUGACAGAGCCGCAAGAUACUAUUAUUACUGGCACCUGAGAAAACAAGUGCUUCAUUCUCAGUGUGUGCUCCGAGAAGAGGCCUAUUUCCUGCUGGCAGCCUUUGCCCUGCAGGCUGAUCUUGGGAACUUCAAAAGGAAUAAGCACUAUGGAAAAUACUUUGAGCCAGAGGCUUACUUCCCGUCUUGGGUUGUUUCCAAGAGAGGGAAGGACUACAUCCUGAAGCACAUUCCAAACAUGCACAAAGAUCAGUUUGCACUGACAGCUUCCGAGGCUCAUCUGAAAUACAUCAAAGAGGCCGUCCGGCUGGACGAUGUUGCUGUGCAUUACUACAGAUUGUACAAGGAUAAAAGGGAAAUUGAAGCUUCUCUAACCCUUGGAUUGACCAUGCGGGGAAUACAGAUUUUUCAGAAUUUAGAUGAAGAGAAACAAUUACUUUAUGAUUUCCCCUGGACAAAUGUUGGAAAGUUGGUGUUUGUGGGUAAGAAAUUUGAGAUUUUGCCAGAUGGCUUGCCCUCCGCCAGGAAGCUCAUCUACUACACGGGGUGUCCCGUGCGCUCCCGACACCUCCUGCAACUCCUGAGCGACAGCCACCGUCUCUACAUGAAUCUGCAGCCUGUGUUGCGUCACAUCCGGAAACUGGAGGAAAAUGAAGAGAAGAAGCAGUACCGGGAGUCCUACAUCAGUGACAGCCUGGACCUCGACGUGGACCAGCUGGAAAAGCGUUCUCGGGCCAGCGGGAGCAGCGCGGGCAGCGUGAAGCACAAGCGCCUGUCCCGUCACUCCACCGCCAGCCACAGCAGUUCCCACACCUCGGGCAUCGAGGCGGACACCAAGCCCCGGGACACGGGGCCGGAGGACGGCUACUCCGGCAGCGCCAUCCACCGCAAGCUGAAAACCUGCAGCUCCAUGACCAGCCACGGCAGCUCCCACACCUCGGGCGUGGAGAGCAGCGGCAAGGACCGGCUGGAAGAGGACUCACAGGAUGACGAAAUAGAGAUGCUGGUCGACGAUCCCAGGGACCUGGAGCAUAUGAAUGAAGAGUCUCUGGACGUCAGCCCAGACAUGUGCAUCUAUAUCACCGAGGACAUGCUCAUGUCGCGGAAGCUGAACGGACACUCUGGGUUGAUUGUGAAAGAAAUCGGGUCUUCCACCUCCAGCUCCUCAGAAACAGUGGUCAAGCUUCGCGGCCAGAGCACUGACUCUCUUCCACAGACUAUAUGUCGGAAACCAAAGACCUCCACCGAUCGACACAGCUUGAGCCUUGAUGACAUCAGACUUUACCAGAAAGACUUCUUGCGCAUUGCGGGUCUAUGUCAAGACACUGCUCAGAGUUACACUUUUGGGUGUGGCCACAACCUGGACGAGGAAGGCCUCUACUGCAACAGCUGUUUGGCUCAGCAGUGUGUCAACAUCCAAGAUGCUUUUCCAGUCAAAAGAACCAGCAAGUACUUCUCUCUGGAUCUCACUCAUGAUGAAGUUCCGGAAUUUGUUGUAUAAAGUACGUCUGCGCACAGCUAGCUCUCCAGGUGGCCUGCUGUUUGCUGGAGGCUGGAAAGCCAUGGGGUUCUUUCUUUAAUUACUGUGCCAUAUUUUCUUCACCCCAGAACAUAGCUCUUUCUUGAUGAUAACUUGUGAUGGAAAUAAAAGCCUUGGGACAGUUGCACUUUAAGUAUUACACAGAGAUAAAAGAACUACAGAGAAUGUACAGCAAGACAAGUGCCCGGAAGUUCAUGAUCCUUGGGAAGGAAAAGUGCUUUACUGGUUACCAAGCCUUCAGGAUAUUGAAUCGUGGUGCGUUUGUUCCUUGUUUUUGUUUUUUCAUUUGAUUACAUGACAUCACUUUUUUAUCAUGUGAAAGAUGUUGUUAGGUUUAUUUGUUUGCUUGUAAAAAAAAUUUUUUUUGGUCACUCCCUCACGCACUUGGUUUGAGGGAGAAGAGAGUCUCUCCUUUUAAUGGAGAGACUGUUGCCUAGUCCAUAGUCAUUGCCGCCUCACCGGGGCUGUCCCAAAGUGAACACUAAUGAAGUGGUCAAAAUCCGGUAGUUCUAGCAAGCCAAAGAUAUGGACAUAACAGAAGCACAGCCCAGGUCAAGAAGACGUGAAUGAAGCAAUAACCAGAAGGCUCUGUGUGCUGUGAUGCCUUGUGACCCUUCAUGCCUGGCCAGUGCCAUGUCCUCUUCCUACUCACCCUGAAAGCUCUAGGACCCAGCGGAGUUUCUCAUCCGAGUAACUGAUCAGUGGUAUUCAUGUCAUUGUGCAUUUUGUGGUGUUUACAAAACCAGUUUCUGUUAAAACAAUGGAAAUGUCUUAAAAAAUGUUUGUGCUUGGUGUUUUGUUUUGUUUUGUUUUAAUCAAGAACCAAUUAUGGUAAUACUAGUUUCUGCUUAACCAAAAUACCCUAAUUGUACGUAUAUGUUAUACAUAUAUAAAUACCUGAGAUUACGUCUGUUUAUACGUGUUUAAAGCUUACUAACUCUUCUUCUUGGCUUCCAUGACUGUUUUUGUGUAUGUGGUCUUUCUUGUCGAAUAUGGAGGAUGUGUGGCUAAAUGAAUGAUACCUACAGACAAUCAGUUAAUAUAUGUAGAGUUAAGAACGACUGUUUUCUCAUGGGUCUUUUGCCAUGAUUCUCAACCCUGGUUGCACAAUAGAAUUAUUUGGGGAGCUUAUUUAAAAACAGUAACAAUGUCUGGGUCCCACUUCAGGCCAAUAAACUCAGUCUGUUGCAGUAAGGUCCAGGUAGACUUGUCUUUUCCUUUAAAGCUCUCCAAAUGGAGCUAAUACGCAACAGGGUUUAAAACCAUGGCUCCAAAGGGUGUCUUUCUGUUAAUUUCAAAGUUAAAGUGUACAGAAAAUGUUAGCUUUGAGAGAGGGCCAUUUUUAAGACAGUUACUGGCACUGCUGUUAGGAUAUGGAAUGAAACCAUGUCAGGAGCGUCAAUCUCUUAACCUUUAGAUGUACGGUAACAAUGUCGUUCGCACUUCAGGAGAGAACUUGAGCACAAUGUCUUUCUAUGAGAUGUUUGUAAUGAUUUCGUAUUUUACAUUUGUUUACCAUAUUUUGAUAUACCAUUUUUUCUAUUUGCCAGGUUUUCUUAAAAAAAAACUAUAUAUUAUUUUCUAAAGAAACAGUCAUAUUUUUAUACAAAAUUAAGUUUUCAAGUAACAAAGAAAUAGAUUUUGGGUAUAGCGGAACAUGCGGUGUUCCCCGUGGGUGGGAGUCAGUAUGAUAAACGCAUGGAGAACACGGACCAGCACUGCCUGUGCCGCCCUCGCACACCCGCACAUGCGUGUGCACCCGCAGGGCAGUGUGUGCCCUCCAAGGCCGGUCAGAUGAGUUUCACCCGAUGCUGGGAAGGGAACAAAAGUUCUGUAGAGUUCUGUAGUCAUGAAAUUAUUUUGCUUUUAUCAAAAGUUCUAAAAGAACCAAAGUUUCAGAUAUCAGAAUGUAUGAAAGGAUCUCGGCCUUCUGUACGAAAGGGUAGAAGGAUCAUUUCAUGACUGCUUCACUUACAAGUAAGUCAUGAAAUGAUCCACCCUUUUUUAUAGAUGCUUCAGAGACAAAUCCUGGGAGGUUUAACUGUAAAGAGCCCAGGUCAUAAUGUGGUGCAUUUCCUUAGCUCUUAGCGUUUCUUGCAAACAUCAAGACAAAAGCGUAUUUAUGUAGUGCUCUAUUUUCUCUAUAUUUCAACCACAAUCAGGUCUUCAGGGUUUUGCCAGCAUUUUGGUGGUUUUGCACACCCUCUUUCUAAUUGGAUUUAUGAAUAAUCUUGUGGGUUUUCAAAAACGAAACAUGCUAAGGAACAUUUUUGCUUUUUGAUCCACUCUUAGCAGCAGAAUUAUAUAUAUGUAUAUGAAAAUCCAUUUUGGUUAUCUACAUUUUGUAUUUGGAAAUUGUUUUAAACAAUAAAAAAGGAAAAGAAACGUA